GAUUAUGUAAUUGUCAUUUGUCCAUUUCAGAUAAGGUAAUUCUCAUCAACUAGAGAGAGAGAAGAAAGAGAGAGAGAGAGAGAGAGAGAGAGAGAGAGAGAAUGGCGAGCUUAUCAGUAUCAGAUUAUGGAGCUUUCAUGGAGAAAUUCACUCUUCUUCCCGACACGAAUUCAUCUCAGAAACUUCCCCUCAAUGGCCUUACCUUUUCUGUUAAAGACAUAUUUGAUGUGGAGGGUUAUGUGACCGGUUUCGGGAAUCCCGAUUGGGCGAAAACGCAUUCGGUUUCUACAUCGACUGCACCGGCAGUUAUGUCUGUGCUGAAUGCAGGUGCCACUUGUGUUGGUAAAACUGUAAUGGAUGAAAUGGCUUACAGCAUAAACGGGGAAAAUAUACAUUACGGAACACCAACUAAUCCAUGUGCACCAGAUCGAGUGCCUGGAGGAUCGUCUAGUGGAUCGGCUGUUGCAGUUGCUGCAAAUCUUGCCGAUUUCUCCUUAGGUACCGACACGGGAGGAAGUGUGAGAGUUCCCGCAUCGUAUUGCGGAAUUUUCGGGUUUCGUCCGUCUCAUGGAAUUGUUUCGACAGCUGGAGUAACACCAAUGGCGCAGAGUUUCGAUACAGUUGGAUGGUUUGCUAGAGAUCCAACGAUACUGAAGCAAGUUGGGAAGAUUCUAUUGCAUUUGGAAGACGAUAAUCCCGUAAAACUCGGUCAACUUACUAUUGCAGACGAUUGUUUCGAUCUUCUAAACAUGCCUAGUCACCGACUGAAAGAAAUUCUCGUCGCCUCGGUAGAGAAGCUCUAUGGAAGCGAGAAGAUACAAUAUACGAAUUUGGGGAGUUUCGUCGAGGCCAAUGUUCCGAGUUUGAAGCAUUUUAUGGGCAACAACACGACCGAAAAACGAGGCGAUAAUAUACCGUCGUUAGUUGCUCUGUCCAGCGCGAUGCGAUUGCUUCAAAGGUACGAGUUUAAGAACAAUCACGGUGAAUGGGUUCGCUCGGUUAAUCCCGAUUUAGGGCCUGGAAUAUCGGAAAGAGUAUGGGAAGCUGUCGAGUCGACGGACGAAAAUAUAGAGGAAUGCUAUACUCUGAAGAAUGAAUUGCGCGCAGCUCUUGGUGAUCUAUUAGGGGAGUUUGGCAUUCUUGCAAUGCCUACGGUUCCGGGGCCUCCGCCGAAGGUAAAAACGGAACCAUCGACGCUGGAAAACUUCCGUGCUAAGGCCUUUAGUUUGUUGUCUGUUGCUGGAGUUUCUGGAUUUUGCCAGGUGAGCAUACCAUUAGGGAUGCAAGAUGAUUUGCCAAUUGCAGUUUCUUUGUUGGCAAAACAUGGCUCAGAUGGACUUUUACUUAGUUUUGUGGAGGCUCUUCACACAAGUCUUAAUCCCCAGUGAAAACCUCAACAACUCUAUUUUUCUCUAUGUUAAUUACUUUAUUGGUUAAUGAAACUUAGUGUUUGAAUUAAUUCAAGGGUAAUAAGGAUAACAAUAUUUAAAAAAA